AUGACAAGUACUGUGAUAUCACCCGAAACGCCGGUAGGCUAUUCGGCAUCGUUUAUUUUUUAUUCAUUGGUCGUAUCGACUUUGGUACUCUGGUAUGCGUAUUUUAAAAUAAGCAGAAGACGCAUGUACGAAUUAGCGGAAAAAUUACCCGGUCCACCAGGUAUUCCGCUUUUUGGAAACGCUUUUGAAUUCAUCGGUGAAGCUCCGGCCAUUUUUAAACAUGUUUACAGUCACAGUAACACUUUUACGGACGUUUGUAAAUUUUGGAUCGGUUCAAAACUUGUCGUUUUCUUGAUCAAUCCGAAAGAUAUCGAGUUGAUUUUGGGAAGCAACGUUCACAUCGACAAAGCAUCAGAAUAUAAAUUUUUUAAACCUUGGCUCGGUAACGGUCUUUUAAUAUCUACUGGAUCCCAUUGGAGAUCCCACAGGAAAUUAAUCGCACCAACUUUUCACUUGAACGUAUUGAAAUCUUUCAUUACUUUGUUCAAUCAAAAUUCGAGAGCCGUUUGUGAUAAAAUGAAUUCUUUAAAUGGUAAAGAAUUUGAUUGUCAUGAUUACAUGAGUGAAGCUACCGUUGAAAUUUUAUUAGAAACUGCUAUGGGAGUCAAUAAGAAAACACAAGAUAAAAGCGGAUACGAAUAUGCCAUGGCCGUUAUGAAAAUGUGCAACAUUUUACAUCUUCGUCACAGAAAAUUCUGGCUUAAACCCGAUGUUAUUUUCAACAUGACAAAAUAUAAAAAAGAACAAGAAUCUCUUUUGGACAUCAUUCACAGUUUGACCAAAAAGGUUAUCAAAAAGAAGAAAGAAGAAUGGAAUUCUGGAAUAAAGAAAACAUUGGCAUCCGUUUCCGAUAUGGAACAAACAACCGAACAAUUUAAAGGUAAAUCAUCUGAAGUUGCUGCUUCUGCACAUUCUUACGGUCAAUCUGCCGGUUUGAAAGAUGAUUUGGACGUCGAUGACAACGAUGUCGGUGAAAAGAAAAGAAUGGCAUUUUUGGAUUUGAUGAUCGAAUCAGCUCAAAGUGGUGUCGUCAUGAAUGAUAAUGAUAUUAAAGAAGAAGUUGAUACCAUCAUGUUUGAAGGUCACGACACGACUGCUGCCGGAAGUAGUUUCUUCUUAUCAUUGAUGGGUCUUCAUCAAGAUAUACAAGAAAAAAUUGUUGAAGAAUUAAAUGAAAUUUUUGGAGAUUCCGACAGACCUGCAACUUUCCAAGACACUCUUGAAAUGAAAUAUUUAGAAAGAUGUAUUAUGGAAACAUUAAGAAUGUACCCACCAGUCCCAUUGAUCGCUAGACAAAUCAACGAAGAUCUUAAACUCGAAUCUGGAGAUUACACAAUUCCAGCCGGUACUACCGUCGUCGUAGCCACAUACAGACUUCACAGAGAUGCCAACAUUUAUCCAAACCCAGAAAAAUUUGAUCCGGAUAAUUUCUUGCCGGAAAAAUCAGCUAACAGACAUUACUACGCAUUUAUACCUUUCUCAGCUGGUCCGAGAAGUUGCGUAGGACGAAAAUACGCCAUGUUGAAAUUAAAAAUCCUCCUUUCGACAAUUCUUCGUAAAUUUAGAGUUCAUUCCAACAUUGCCGAAAAGGAUUAUCAACUUCAAGCUGAUAUUAUCCUUAAGAGAGCCGAAGGAUUUAAAAUUCGUCUUGAACCGAGAAACAAACCUUUUGCUGCUGCUGCUGCUGCUGCUGUAGCUUAA